GAUUACGUCACAACAAAACAAAAACAGAGUUGCAGAAGGCAGGACAGGAAAGAUGGCGAACUCGGACUCAGAACCAUCCGAUCAGCGCCCUCAACAGGGCGACACAGACGAUCCAGAGUACGCAGAGGCCAUCGCAAGGAAGGAAAGGAUUCUUACGAAGAUCCUGAACCCUUUCGAGACGGGAUUUCUGUAUUUUCAGCGCGUUUUGGUGUGGGAGAAACCGACCCAUUCGGCCGUCCUGAUGUUUCUGGUGAAUGGCGCGUUUUGGCUCGCUACUUCCACGAAUUACCGGUUCUUCUUCCUGCUUGCGAUGUGUGCAAUGGUGGCGGUGUGUGCCGAGAUCUGGAGGAACCGAAUCUGGCCCACUAUACGCGUGGAAAAACCAGAGGAAGACCAAGACAGCUGGGCUGUUGUCCACCCCCGUCUCCUGAGCGCUCCAGAACUGGCUCACCACAUCGCCGAGGGCUGGGUCACCUUCUCCUGGUCCUGUAAUAACCAUGAUAUACUCGGCUGGGCUGUUGUCCACCCCCGUCUCCUGAGCGCUCCAGAACUGGCUCACCACAUCGCCGAGGGCUGGGUCGCCUUCGCAUGGUCCUGCAGGAAACUCUGGGAGAUGAAGAAGAACUCGCCUGGAAAGUUCACUGCGCUGGUGUGUGUGUCGUGUGGUGCCAUGGCACUGGUGGGAAUAUACAUCCCCGGAGUCAUGAUAGCCUACAUCAUUGUGAUGAGUCUGCUGCUGUGGCCCUGUGUGGAGUACCACCGAGUUAUCCAGCGGAUCUACAACCGCUUCGAACCCCUGAUGAUGCAGCUGGACUAUAGCAUGAAGACACGACGGGGGCGCUCGGGGCGCAAGAAGAGUGAGUACAACAGGCUCAGGUGUCAAUACUAUUAG